AUUUUCUUCUCAUAUUCCACCUGUCAUUGUUGCUUUUGAUUUGGUGACUCAUGGCUCAUGCAAUAGAGGCAUCGACGAAUAGGGUGGUGGAAAUCGUUGCUGAUACGGUUUUGUCACAACCACCCUCACCACUCGCAUUUGUUCCAUCAUCUUCUCAAGACGCUGGAAACCACAGCGGUAAUGCUACAUCUAGAAAGGGAAAAGAGAUUCAAUCGGUUCCACCAUCUCAUCAAGAUGCUGGAAGCCACAGUGAGAAUGAAGCAGCAAGGAAAAGGAAUGAGGUGACCAUUCCAUUGAUGUUACAUCAAUCCAUUGUCAAACGCAAUGACUCUACACAAGAUCACUUUCCUUCUACAGAGCUUCUAUGGCAGAACUACAAGAAUUUCACUCGUAGCGCAGCUCCAUCGAGGUUGAUGUACUAUGAGAAUGGUGACUGGCUUGAUUUCUCGAGUGACAUUAUGGACCAACUUCGUCCAGCGUUCGCUAACCAAAGGGCGAUGGUGGAGAUGUUGAUUGAUGGAUCAAAAUAUCUAUUUGAUUUCAUGAGGAUGCUUCAGAUCGAUUCUGAGACUGAAAAUUGCUGGUCAAUCUCAUGGAUUGAUGAAUAUGGCAAGUGUUUUUUCCCUAAAGUGUCUAUUGGAAAAGAGGGAAAGAAUACAGAACUAGAGAAUAAUAAAUAUAUUGAGAGUUGUGUUAAUGCUAAUGCUAAUGCUAGUAUUGCUCAUAAUGUUGACCUCGUUGUCAAGCUUGACGAUAGUUCAUUGAAGCGGAAGAGAGCAGAAUUUGAAGCUAUUACUACAAAUCCAACUAUGGCAUUUCCAACUCCUCUAGUCGUUGCUCCUUCGACCGGUGCUCCUCUAAUCAUUCCUGAGGAUGUGCCAAGAGGCCCACAAUUGGUGGAAGUUUUCAGGUGGCCAAAAAUGAUGAUAGUAAGAGAAGGCGAUAAGGAGCAUAAACUCAUCAGGGAUUACUUCUUGUCAGGGAUAAGAAAACUUGACCCUACUGCUAAAGUUACUGCCAUUUACAAAUGCACUCGUGAGGGGAAUUUGGAGAAGGCUCGUUAUGAUCUUUUUCAUAAACAAGUUAACCUCACUAAGGCUAUUCGAGGCGUUGAUGCUGCAAGAAUAAUUCACACCUGGCAUGGGGCUUCUAAAAGCGAAGUGGCUACUCUAUUGGCUUGUGGGUUUCAGUUUCCGACCAAGGUUCCCGCAGCUGAUGUUUAUGGUAUUGGUGUCUAUCUAUCUCCUGUAAGAUUGGCACAAUUGAGUGCUGACCUAGUGGAGGCAGAUGAAAACGGAGAAAAACAUGUUAUUCUCUGCCAACUUUUACUAGGAAAUGUGGAAAAAGUCCCAUUCGGGUCUCAACAGGAUCAACCUUCUAGGAUGGAGUAUGACAUAGGUUCAGACGAUCCUAAUAGCCCCUCUUGGUAUGUGGUGUGGCCUUGUAAUAUGAAUAAGCACAUUCUUCCUGAAUUUGUCGUGAGUUAUCAACCCACUAUUAAUGUGAAAGGUAAAUCUAAAGUAGACCCAGGCUGGGAUGCAAUGCUUUCUAAGAUUCAAGAUUCUUUACCUCCUGCCCAAUUUCAAGAAGUUUUGCAUUUAUACAAGAUAUACCGAGCUGGGUUUUUCACCAAAGAUGCUUUCAUAAAGCAGCUUCGAUUCAUUGUUGGAGACAAUAUCCUUUAGACAAUUUUGCAGGAGGACAACGCAUUAGGAUGACUUGGAAGAAUUAGGUUAAGUUUUACUUAGCCAAUCAAAUUGAUAGAUCUUA